AAAGAGGAAGACUAGAGUAGGGGAGUCAAAGAGAGGGAAUCAGAAUGAGCUCCCGGAAUUUCAAAUCCAUAGCACCAACUGAAACCCUAGAGAUAGAGAAUGGGCUCUCAGUUAUACCUAGAGUUAAGCUUCUCCUCACAAUCUAUCGUUCUGAUCGUUCUGUCAAACCCGUUGAUGAAUGGCAACUCAAACGUUCACUUCUAGACUACCUAAAGAAAAGCUCAUUCACACCCCCUCUCACUAUCCCCGAAGAAGAUCUUGAAAUUCAUAGUUUUGAAGAUAUUAAGAAACGCAAACGUGAAGAUCCUGUUGCUGCUGGUACUCUUUAUGUGAGGGAUUUAGGGUUUAUUCAUCAUAAAGAAAAGGCAGAAAUUUUACUGGAGAAGAAGAAAGAAGAAGGUGAUGAUGAUGAUGAAGAAGGGAAGAUUUUAGAGAAGAAAUUCGUUGAAUGGAGAAAUUCUUUUGUUAAAAAGUUGGAUGGAAUUGAAUUGAGUCUUCAAGGUGUCAAGUUUAAGGCUAAUGCUGUUCUUCCUAUUUCUGAUGAUUUUAAUGCGCUGAAGAAAUCUUGGGAGGAAUUUUUUGCUUUUGAUAGAGGUGUUUUUGCGAGGAUUGGAAAGCGACAACCAGAUACAAUUAUACUAAGAGGAGUUCCGUCGAGAUGGUUUGCGGAAACAAGGGUUUCAUCGGAGCCUUCUGUGCUAGUCAGUCAUACAAUUUUUUCAGUGUUCGGGACAAUAAGGAAUCUUAAUGCUGCUGUGGACGUUGAUCUAGUUAAGAACGGGGAAGAGGGUGAGGAGAGCAUUGCGUCUGGUCUGCAGUGCAAGAUUGUUGUUCAGUACGAAAAGUAUGACGAUUUCUGCAAUGCUUUGAAAGUGUUGUGUGGUCGCUCAAUGCAAAAGCAAGGGUCACGUCUUAGAGCCGAAUACGAGGUGACUUGGGACAAAGGUGAGUUUUUCCGCAACUCGCUACAAAGAAACGGCCGUCUGCAGGAUAGUGUAGAACAACAUAACAAGCGUCCAAGUAUUCAUUCUCGUCUUACGCAAGAUGUUUCAGAGGGUUCGCACCCCAAGCGAUUCAAGGACUGAGGAGGUUGGCCAUAUAGAUCAUCCUCAGAUGAUGUAUUGGAAAAGAAGAGCUCCAUUGCUCCAAGACCGAUUCGCUAAGUGAAAGUGAAUAAACUUGUUUUCCAAGUAUGUUGUACUAUAAAUCUAUAACAUUCUUAUAUUCAGUAUCCUCGUAAAUUUCUCGUUGACAAAUUUAGGGGUCAAAACUCAAAAUGUCUUUUAAGGAGAACAGGAAUUUGAUUAUAUCCAAUUUGCGUAUUCCAGUUUUGUU